ACAUACCCUAUAGGGUGUACAGUAUAUAUACCUACAGGACACUCGUGAAAUCCUUAAUCCUGAUGUAUAAUAAAUGAGGCACAAUGUUGACUUAACCAAGGAAACGAAGUGUAUACCGGAAUAGUAGUUUUUAUAGUGAAUUGUAAAGUAUUCGAUUACGUUGUAAUCGAAAGAUAACUAAAAUUGAAGUCAUGGGGCAACCUGAACUAGAGAAAAUUAGUAAGGUCACGGGCGAGCAUCCCACUGGCAACGAGAAUAUGGAUAUCUCCGACUUUUUCCGGCAACAUAUCCUAGCCGAAAUCGUCAUCCUGACGUGGAUUUUUUUCUUGUGGGAAUUUUAUCUCUCCUACCGACAGCGAAGGUUGAUGAAAAGGUUGGUCCAAAGACCCAGCAUUUUAGAUAAUUUGAUAUCAGAUGAAGAGUAUCAAAAAUCACGGACAUAUGGACUGGACAAGAACACAUUUGGGAUCAUUGAAGAUCUGUACUCCAACAUUAUUUAUACGAUUUUCAAGAUAAGCUGGGGUGUUUAUAUAUGCUGGAACUAUGGUGCUGAUUUAAUUGAAUUAAUUGGUCUGAAUCGAAACAGCGAAAUUUAUGUAACAGCUGGCUAUCUAGUCAUUACAACAAUUUUUUCGACUGUAGUUGGCCUACCUUGUACUAUUUACAACACCUUUGUAUUGGAACAAAAACAUGAAUUUAAUCAACAAACGCCACUGUUUUUUAUUAGGGACCAAAUCACCAAAUUCCUUGUGGGACUUGUAAUCACUGUGCCAUUAACAUGUGGUAUUGUUUGGAUUGUUAAAAAUGGUGGUGAUUUCUUUUACAUCUACGUAUGGCUUUUCUGCGUUGUUAUGUCACUUGUUCUUAUGAUGAUCUAUCCCGAAUUUAUUGCUCCUUUGUUCGACAAAUACACACCACUGCCCGAGGGUAAUCUAAAAGUUGAAAUUGAAAAGUUGGCUGCAAGUCUUGGAUUUCCUUUGUACAAGCUCUACAUUGUCGAAGGCUCACGACGAUCGACUCACAGCAACGCUUACCUCUAUGGUUUUUAUAAAAACAAGAGAAUUGUACUAUUUGAUACUCUUGUUGCCGAGUACCAAAGAAAGAAGCUAGAAGAAGAGGAGAAAGCGGAGAACGAAAAAGCUAGUAAUGAAAACCCUAGUGAGGAUAUCAAAGAAGACACAAAAGUGAUCAAAGAAAAAAAAAUCAAAGGUUGUGAAACUGACGAGAUCAUUGCUAUUCUGGGACAUGAACUCGGACAUUGGCAUUACAGUCACGCUAUCAUAGGGUUCAUCUUUGCUCAGAUUGCUCUAUUUGUCAACUUUAUAUUAUUCAGCUUCCUAAUGGAUUACACACCGCUUUACGAGGCUUUUGGCUUUACUAACAGCAAACCAGUUAUCGUGGGACUUACAGUGGUUGUAACAUAUGUUCUUGCUCCAUUGAACUCGCUGCUGGGCUGGCUAAUGACGAUGGUGUCACGGAGGAACGAGUUCCAGGCCGACGCGUUCGCCCGGCGCCUCGGCUACACGGACGCCCUCGGACGCGCCCUCGUCAAGCUCUUCAAGGACAAUUCGAGCUAUCCCCUCUACGACUGGCUCUACAGCAAUUGGCACAACAGCCAUCCGCCUCUGCUCGAGAGACUCGAUGCCCUCAAGAAGGACGACUAAAUGCGAAAGAGGAGAUGACGAUGACGAGGAGGAGGAGGAGGAGGAGGAGGAGAAAAAAAGUGGAACACGAGCUCUCGCACCGAGAAAGCGUAAGCUGCGCUCGUGCGACUCCCACGUGACGCGUUUGGCUUUUUUUCGUUGAAGGCCUGUCAUCUCUGUGUAUAUAACGUGUUUAUGUAAGAGUGAGGGUGUGCGUGUAUACAUGUAUCUCCGCGUGGAGUACUAGAGGAGGAGGAGGAGGAGGUGAACGAAAACAUGUGAAUGGAUGCGCGUGGAGGUAUAAUACUUAUGAGCCAAGGAAACUUUCGCGGCUCCGCGUGGGUGUGCAUGCUUGUAUUUGGAUUUUAAAGGUUUUUCAUUUUUAUUGAAACACGUCAAAAUUGUGCAUCCGUGUAAGUAUGUGUUCCACGUCGUACGUUCGACGUUAUAUCAUAUUGAGGCUUUUCUCUUGGCGUAUACCUGCGAAUCGUAGUGUAUGCAUGCGACUCUCCUAGGAUUUUUGUUUUUAAGUUGAGCGAUGUAACAUUGUUUCAUUGACGUUGCAACGACUUUCAUGAGUUAAAAAUAGUUUCUGGUAUUUUCAAACGGGCUAUUUAUCAGAAAUUUUGGCAUUUAUUUUUUUUUCUAAUGUUUUUAUGAAACUACCUUGUUUUGUUUGAGCGAUUUCUAAUGAAUCAAUAAAUAGUCCUCGAAAAGAAAUGUAACACAGACUUAGGUUCUGUUGGUAAAGUCAUUGGACUUGUAGACUUCAUAAUGAAGGAUCCAACGAAUGAAUUUAAAUCUAUGCUUUUACACAAAGAAUCGUUUGCUCGUAGCUUUUUCGCGCACUACAUAAGCGUAUCACUUACUCAACUCUAACUUUAGUUCCAGCAAUUACCAACAAUCAAUGUAUUUGUAACGAAAAAACAAUCGUCUCUUACGAUUAAAAUUUCUUGAUAUCCAAAA